AUGGGGAAAGGUGGAUCUGUUAGCGAUGGUGUGAUGAGAAAGAUCCUCUUAUCCUACACCUACGUAGCGAUAUGGAUCUUCUUAUCCUUCACCGUCAUCGUCUACAACAAAUACAUCCUAGACAAAAAGAUGUACAACUGGCCCUUCCCAAUCUCCCUAACCAUGAUCCACAUGUCCUUCUGCGCAACCCUAGCUAUUCUCCUCGUUCGCGUCUUCAAAUUCGUCGAACCCGUUUCAAUGUCGCGCGAAGUUUAUCUCUCUUCCGUCGUUCCAAUCGGAGCGCUGUAUUCUCUUUCGCUAUGGCUUUCAAAUUCCGCCUAUAUUUAUCUCUCCGUUUCGUUUAUCCAGAUGCUGAAAGCGCUAAUGCCGGUCGCGGUUUACUCCAUCGGCGUUGCUUUGAAGAAGGAGAAUUAUAAGAAUGAUACCAUGUUUAAUAUGCUUUCGAUUUCGUUAGGUGUUGGCGUUGCCGCGUAUGGUGAAGCGAGAUUUGAUACUUGGGGUGUUAUUCUUCAGCUUGGCGCGGUUGCGUUCGAAGCGACGAGAUUGGUUAUGAUUCAAAUCUUGUUGAAUUCCAAAGGGAUUUCGUUGAAUCCUAUAACUAGUUUGUACUACGUUGCUCCUUGUUGUUUGGUUUUCUUGUCUGUUCCUUGGAUUCUGGUUGAGUUUCCUGUUUUGAGAGAGACUUCAAGUUUUCAUUUCGAUUUUAUCAUUUUCGGGACUAAUUCUCUCUGUGCGUUUGCUUUGAAUCUGGCUGUUUUUCUUCUGGUUGGGAAAACGUCUGCCUUGACGAUGAAUGUUGCUGGGGUGGUGAAAGAUUGGCUUUUGAUCGCUUUUUCUUGGAGUGUGAUUAAAGAUACUGUGACGCCAAUUAAUUUGUUUGGGUAUGGGCUUGCUUUUCUGGGCGUGGCUUAUUAUAAUCACUCCAAGUUGCAGGCGCUUAAGGCUAAGGAGAUACAGAAGAAAACUCCGCAAAGCGAUGAGGAAGCUGGAAGGUUGCUUGAGGAGAGGGAAGGCGAUGGAUCAGCGAGGAGAAAUGAUCAGCAGAAUUGA